AUGGCUGCCAACUUGACUGACACCUGGCCUGCGUGUGCUCGCGAUGUCGACCUUCAGUUUGGCCCAACAGUUGGUCCCAAUUGCCGUGGUGGCUUUGAUUUCACCCUCACCUUCGAGCAGUCUAUCUUGACCAUCACCCCAUCUGUCUUGCUACUGCUAUUCACACCUUUACGUCUAUACUGGCUAUCGCGCGCGAGUCUCAAGACAAAGUCGUCACUCUCCGCAGCUUGUUCCACUAAGCUGCUCGGCGCUGUCGCCCUAACAGGCAUCCAGGUCGCCUUGCUGGCGCUAUGGGCGAAAACUCCGCAGGCUCAGACAGUCGUAUCGAUUCCAGCUGCUGUCUUGUCACUGGUCGAUGCAUUAGCCAUCUGUCUACUGUCUUAUAUGGAACAUACUCGCUCGAUCCGGCCUUCCACCUCUCUGGGAGUCUUCUUCUUAGCGUCUCUCGUGCUGGAUAUUCCUCAGUCUAGAACGCUAUUCCUUUCUCCGGAUGAUAGAACUCCCAUAGCCGCUGUCUUCACAGCGGGGAUUGGACUCAAGUUACUGUUGCUCGUGCUAGAGGCACAGAGUAAGAUUAGAGAACUCAAGCCACCAUAUCUGUUGUAUCCGCCAGAGUCAACGGCUAGCAUUUGGGUCCGCCUGGCAUUCUGGUGGCUUAACCCCUUAUUCUUCAGAGGGUUCGCUCGGCUGUUAACCAUGCAAGACCUUUUCUCUAUGGAUAAGAAACUUGUUACUUUCACCAUCCGCGACAAGAUGCAUGCCACCUGGGAUCGUCAAGCACACUCCAAAUCACCCUACGCACUCAUCAAAGCCACGAUCUCGUGUCUUCGUUGGGCUCUCUUAUCAGUCGUCUGCCCACGAAUAUCGUUGAUCGGGUUCAAAUACGCCCAGCCAUUCCUAAUCAGCAGUGUUAUUGGUUUUGUCCAGGCUCCCUCUUCUGACCAGAAGCGCAGCCAUGCCUUGGGUUUGGUUGCGGCAGCAUUUCUGGUCUACCUAGGUAUAGCUGUUACGACUGUUGGUUAUAAGCGUGAGAUGUAUAGAAUGAUUGUAAUGGCUCGUGGAGGUCUAGUUGGCCUUGUCUAUAGCAAAACCUUGAAGAUACCCGAUGGCUCAUACGAUGGGUCGGCAGCACUUACUCUCAUGAGCACCGACGUUGAUCGAAUCACCACUGGUCUACAAAGCUUGCAUGAGGUGUGGGCGCGAAUAGUUGAGAUCGCAAUAGGCAUGUGGCUCCUAGGGGAUCAACUGGGUGCCGUAGCUGUUGUCCCUAUUGCAAUGAUUGCCUUAUGUACUUUCGCUAACUCGCAACUCUCCAAACGAAUUGCUGGCAAACAAAAGGUCUGGAAUGCUGCCGUCCAGAAGCGUAUUGCGGUAACUUCGUCUAUGCUCGGUUCGAUGAAGAGCAUGAAGAUGAUGGGUAUGACCGAGAUGGUAUAUGAUAGUAUACAGGAGUAUCGUGUCCAGGAAAUCCGUUCUGCAAUGGGAUACCGCUGGCUAUCCUUGUGGACUAACACCAUUGCUUCGACCCCUGUUAUCUUCGCUCCUGUCCUGACCUUUGUCGUCUUUGUGGCCCAAGCUAGCACCAAAGGAAGCGGUAGUCUAUCUACACAACACGCUUUCACUUCACUGUCAGUGAUAACACUAGUUUCUCAACCAGCCUCGCUCUUAAUGUAUGCUAUCAAUGAGUCUGCAGCCAUGAAGGGCUGCUUUGACCGACUCCAGAAGUUCCUUCUCACACCGACAGGGUCUGAUGGUCGGGGUGCAUUUGCUGUCACUAAGUCUACGUCAGAUGAUGCGAGUGUGCCAAAGACUGAUCUAGACGUGUCGACUGGCAAAUUCGACGCAAUCCAAGUACAACAGGCGACUGUCCGCCCUGCUCCAGCUGCAGACCCAGCUUUAACCCAGGUAUCAAUGAACUGCCCCCAAGCCUCUCUCACUAUAGUCGUUGGACCAGUUGGAUGCGGAAAGACAACCCUUCUUCGAGCCGUUUUAGGUGAAGUCCCUUGCGAUGAGGGAACCAUUACCCUCUCAUCAAAAAGAGCCGCAUUCUGUGCUCAAGCUCCGUGGCUACCCAAUGGUACCAUCAAGGAUGUUAUCAGCGGGUUUUGUGAAGAGGGACAAAUUGAUGAUGUCUGGCUUCAUACGGUAAUACAUGCAUGUGCUCUUGACGAGGAUAUACUACAGCUACCCCAAGUGGAGAAUACUGUUAUUGGUAGCCGGGGAGUAACACUUAGUGGCGGCCAGAAGCAACGGGUGGCACUCGCACGAGCUGUCUACACUAGGUACGACAUCAUUUUACUUGAUGAUGUCUUGAGUGCUCUAGACCAGAAAACCGAAGCGCUUGUUGUAGAACGCCUCUUAGGCCCCCAAGGCCUACUCCGGAAAUUGAGGAUUACCGCCCUGCUGGUAACUCACUCUACCCGCUACCUCCAUAUUGCUGACCAGAUAAUCGCCCUGAGUCGAGAUGGAAAGUUGAAAGAGGUUUUACAAGGCCAAGAUAUACAAACCAACGGAGAAAGUCAAGUGGCCCAAUGGGGGAAUGAUAUGAUCUUGGAGGAUGGGCCCCCUCGAACAGGGAAAGUAUCCAAGCCGCGACCAGUGGCUAAAGCUCCCAGGCCAAACAAUGCUGAUUUAAAACGCAAGACGGGAGAUCUUACCGUUUACGCUUAUUAUUUUCAAGCAUUUGGCUGGUUACGCACAUUCGGAUUCUUGGCUUGUACUGCAUUGUUUACCUUUGCAACAACCUUUCAGCAGAUUUGGCUUCAAUGGUGGGCUGAGGCGAAUGGGGGAGAAAUUGCCAAAUAUAUGAGCAUUUAUAUCGUCUUAGCUGUGGCAGCUAUGGUAUCACGAUGCUUUACUUUCUGGUGGUCGUUGAUAUGGAUGUCACCUAUUUCCUCCAUCAAUCUUCAUAAAAUCUUGCUCCAAGUGACUGUGAGGGCUCCUUUAUCAUUCUUUUCAAAUACAGACAGUGGCGUGCUAUUGAAUCAGUUCAGUCAGGACAUUGGCCUUAUUGACCGUGUACUACCACUUUGUCUGAUCCGGGUAGUUGUGCAACUCUUUAUUAUCCUGUCACAGACAGCUUUAAUUGCCAUGGGCUCAACCUACAUGUCUGUCUUAAUCCCGUUUUGUAUAAUCACUGUGUACUUUUUGCAGCGAUUUUACCUCCGGACUUCGAGACAGCUGCGAUACCUUGACCUAGAAUCCCGCAGUCCACUCUAUAGCCAUUUCUUGGAAACCAUAGAGGGCCUGGCGACACUCCGUGCCUUUGGCUGGCAGAAGGUUUUCCAGGAGACAAACACAAAACUUCUAGACACAUCCCAACAGCCUUUCUACUUGCUAUACUGUAUUCAGUGUUGGCUCAACCUUGUCUUGGAUUUACUAGUUGCUGCAAUUGGUGUGGUUGCCAUUGCCCUAGCUGUUCUUCUUCCGAGUUUUACGACCGCCGGAACAAUUGGUCUGGCAUUGAACAAUGUUCUUGGGUUUAAUCAGGCACUGGCAGUUUUGAUCGAUAGCUGGACUCAAUUAGAGACUUCACUUGGAGCGAUUGCGCGACUAAAAAAUUUGGAGCAGUCUGUUACGCCCGAGCAUCAAGAUGGGGAAGAUUUAGUCCCCCCAGAAGCAUGGCCCGAACAUGGUGCGAUCGAGUUGCGGGAUGUCUCAGCAUCUUAUGGCAAUGUCAAGAGCUUCCAAUUCAGCACUGGACGAGAUCUCCCUUUCCAUACUGCCCGGUCAGAAAAUAGGGGUCUGUGGUCGAACGGGAAGGUAUUUAUCUCACGUUUCCGCGUACAGCUGUCCCACUUUACCCUACUAAAACUAUUUCCUCUUAAUAGUGGCAAGAGUUCCCUCCUGUUGGCCCUACUCCGGCUGUUGAAUCUUGAUAGCGGGUCUAUUGUCAUCGAUGGUUAUGACCUAAAAUCUCUUCCGAGAGAUCUCAUACGCAAUCGUCUUGUUGCGAUCCCUCAGGAGCCCUUCUUCUUAAGCGAGUCCGUUAGGAUCAAUGCGGAUCCAAGUGGCAAGUCGUCCGACCAAGCAAUUAUUGAGGCUCUUAAGAAAACCCAGAUUUGGACGGUUCUUGAAAAGCGUGGAGGUCUAGAUACCCAUAUGAAGGAGCAACCACUUUCUCGGGGAGAACAACAAUUGUUUUGCUUGGCUCGCACUAUGCUGCGCUCUGGGAAGGUUUUAAUUCUUGACGAAGCAACCAGCAACGUUGACGCAGAGACGGAUAAGCUUAUGCAACAGAUUAUUCGGGAGGAGUUCCAGGAUUAUACAAUCAUCACCGUCGCCCAUCGACUGGACACUAUCAUGGAUUCGGAUAUGGUUGCUGUACUGGAUAAGGGCCGUAUUGUAGAAUACAGCUCUCCACAAGAUCUGCUUAGUCGACCAUCCAUGUUUGCCGACCUUGUGGGCGGCAGUCGAGGGGCAAAAAAAUGUGCUUCUUAA